AUGCCAUAUUUCAUCCCAGUGUGUGUGUACUUUUUGAUGGUCUUUAACCCAGUCAUGACAAACACCAUCACCGAAGACAUAGAGGUCUUGGUAUUUUUGCCAAAAAAUGACUCCUACCUUUUUUCAUAUGCAAGAGUUGCACCAGCGAUCCUUUACGCACAGCGGAGACUGGAGACAAAUGGAGGGCAGUACUCCGGGUUCCACUUCAACAUCCACUUUGAGAACUCCGACUGUGUGAAUGAUGCAGCUUAUAAAUUGAUAGUGGACAGGGCGUGCGGGGAGAAGCCGGAUCUGAUUUUGGGUCCAGUGUGUGAGUAUGAGGCGGCGGCAGUGGUGAGGCUCGCGUCCCACUGGAACAUCCCGGUGAUCUCAGCAGGUGCCCUGGCUGCUGCCUUCAGCAACAAGAACACUGAAUUCUCCCACUUGACCCGCAUCGCUCCAUCAUACAUGAAAAUGGCAGAGACCUUUGCUGCAAUGUUCGAGCACUUCAACUGGAAGACAGCACUGCUGGUUUAUGAAGACGACAAGGAGGAGCGGAACUGUUACUUUACUUUGGAGGGAGUCUAUCAUCGGAUGGCAGAUGUUAAUAUUAAAACAUAUGCUGUUGCCCCAGAAGACCGUCUGGACACUGAUGACAUCAUCCAGAACAUGUAUGACACUGAAGUGGUGAUCAUGUGCAUGGGAGCUGACAAAAUACGUGAAAUCAUGCUGGAUGCACACAAACGACGGUUGACCAACGGCAAUUAUAUAUUCUUUAAUGUUGAACUCUUCAAUGUCUCUUCUUAUGGCAAUGGCUCAUGGAAGAGAGGAGACAAAUAUGACAAUGAAGCGAGGCAAGCCUAUGCUUCUCUGAACACUGUGACCUUGCUGAGGACAGUCAAGCCCGAGUUUGAGAACUUCUCCAUGGAAAUGAAAAAGUCCAGUGAAAAAGAGGGGCUUCACGACUGUAAAGACUGUGGAAAUGUCAACAUGUUUGUGGAGGGAUUCCAUGAUGCCAUGCUGCUGUAUGCCAUUGCCUUGCAUGAAGCCAUGAAAAAUGGAUAUAGUAAGAAGAAUGGAACAGUGAUCACCUCACACAUGAGGAACAGAACUUUUGAAGGAAUUGCUGGUCAAGUGUCUAUGGAUGGCAAUGGGGACAGAGAGGGAGAUUUCUCUGUGAUGGCCAUGACCAAUGUCGAGGCAGGACAUUAUGAGGUGGUGGCCAACUACUUUGGUGUAAAUGGAACUUUUCAGCUGCUGCCUGCCUUCAACACUGGCCAUUUCACUUCCUCACUGAGAGGAAGAGUGCCCACAAAGAUACCAGACAAAUCAUGUGGACUAGGAGCAUCAGCUUUGACUGGAGUCAUAGUGGGAGCUGUUCUGGGAACUGUCAUGCUUAUAGCAUUCUACUUUUUUAGAAAAAACUACAGGAUUACCAUUGAGCGACGCACACACAGUGAAGAGUGCGACACUGGGAAGCACCGCCAGUUACGAGAGGACUCCAUCAGAUCGAACUUCUCAGCAGCAUAA